AUGCUUUCUGGCAUUUUUCGAACCGGUCGGUUAGAAUUACAAACUGUGGCUUGCAUUGAUGUCAUGUUUCACGUAGCCGGGCAUUAUACGCCAAGGGGAUGUGGUGUGUCAGAAAUUGCAAAGACCGCAUGGCUCCCGUUGGCCAAGCAAUGGAGCAUCGAUAGAAUCAUUUUGCCAGGUGACGUAGACCACCGGUGGACAUGCGAUGAUGUGGAAAUUGACUGCAUCUCUUUCAAACAGCCCGGGCUAAUCAUCCCAAGAUGUUGCCUCGAAGAGCUCUUCAAGUAUAUCAUGAUGUUCAUUGACGCAGCCACCCGCUUCAACGUUUCAAACUACAUCGUGUCAGGCACUCUCAUGGGGGCCGUGAAGAUGAACAACGGGAUUUUGCCUUGGGAAAAGGAUGGAGACGUAUGUUGGGACGUUUACAAGCAUGCUACAGUCUCCGGUCUAAUUGCAAAUCACAUCACCAGUAUGUAUGACGUGCAGUUUACCAAGCAGCGCAAUGCGACAAAACACGGCACUGAUAUAGCCAGUUGUAGCCAAACGGAUAUGAACAACGUGACCAAAGUGUCUUUGAAUGGGCACUGGGUGACCGCUUUGCCAAAUCCCGGACGAGCAAGCAGGCAUGGUUACGGUGACAAUAUUUUAGGACAUAUACAACACUGGAGAGAUUACGGACUCCCGACUGGAUGGUCGAGAUAUACAAAUGUGGAAGUUGAGCCAUUCCUGCCUUGUCCAACGGGAGUUGUACGUCAUGCAUGUUUAUCCGGAAACUAUCUGCCUCUGGGAAACAUACAAUUUCAAGAUAAUCCGGCAUAG